CCGGGUCAGGGGUCACGAGCGGAGCAUCUUCCCCGGCCCGGGCCGGCGCGGGAGGGCUGUGUGAUGGCCUCGGAGCGCCCGGAGCCGGAGGUGGAAGAAGCUGGACAGGUGUUCCUGUUGAUGAAGAAGGAUUAUAGAAUCUCCCGAAAUGUUCGCCUAGCUUGGUUCCUCAAUCACCUGCAUCAAACGGUGCAGGCCACACCUCAGGAGACGCUGCUCCAGUCUGAGCAGGAGUUGGAGGUCCUCAGUGUCCUGCCUCCUGGGUGGCAGCCAGAUGAACCAGUGGUCCCAAGGCCUUUCCUCCUCGUGCCUUCCACCCGCGUCACUUUCCUGGCUUGGCAGUAUCGAUUUGUUAUUGAGCUGGACCUUAGCCCAUCGACAGGCAUUGUGGAUGAUUCCACAGGGGAGAUCUUGUUCGAUGAAGUUUUCCAUGCCCUCUCUCGCUGCCUCGGUGGGCUGCUUCGACCUUUCCGAGUGCCGGGAUCUUGCAUUGACUUCCAGCCUGAGAUCUACGUAACUAUCCAGGCCUACUCCUCCAUCAUUGGCCUGCAGUCCCACCAGGUGCUGGUGCAGGGCUGUCUCUUGGACCCUUCCCAGCGGGAGGCCUUCCUGCAGCAGGUCAACGAGCAGCUCUGCCUCUUUGAGGAUAAGGUCGCAGCCACACUGCAGCAGCAGUAUGAUCCCCAGGGCCAGGCCGAAGACCAGUCUCCAGACUCCGGGGAGCCCCCCGGCCGGAAGGUGGGAGUCUCCAUGGUGACAGCUGACCUUGGGCUGGUCAGUAUGAUUCGUCAGGGCAUCUUGGCACUGCAGUUGCUGCCCUCAAACUCAAGCGCAGGCAUCAUCGUGAUCACAGACGGCGUGACCAGCGUGCCCGAUGUUGCUGUCUGUGAGACGCUGCUGAACCAGCUGCGCAGUGGCACCGUGGCCUGCUCCUUUGUGCAGGUGGGAGGAGUUUACUCUUACGACUGCAGCUUCGGCCACGUGCCCAACGUGGAGUUGAUGAAGUUCAUCGCGAUGGCGACGUUCGGCUCCUACCUGUCCACGUGUCCCGAGCCAGAGCCAGGCAACCCCGGUCUGACCGUCUACCACCGGGCGUUCCUCCUCUACUCCUUCCUGCGCAGUGGGGAAGCCCUGAACCCGGAGUAUUACUGCGGCUCCCAGCACCGCCUGUUUAAUGAGCACCUGGUCUCCGCCAGCAGCAACCCCGCCUUGGCCCUGCGCCGGAAGAAGCACACGGAGAAGGAGGUGCCGGCUGACUUGGUCAGCACCGUGUCCGUGCGGCUCCGAGAGGGCUACAGCGUCCGAGAGGUCACCCUGGCCAAAGGCGGGGCCCAGCUGGAGGUGAAGCUGGUGCUGCUGUGGAAGCACAACAUGCGCAUCGAGUACGUGGCCACGGCGCCCUGGCCCCUGGAGCCCGAGGGCCCGCGGGGGACGCGGGUGGAAGUGACCAUGGAAGGCGGCUACGACAUCCUGCACGACGUGUCCUGUGCACUCCGGCAACCCAUCCGCUCGCUCUACCGCACGCACGUGAUCCGGAGGUUCUGGAACACGCUGCAGAGCAUCAACCAGACAGACCAGAUGCUGGCUCACCUGCAGUCCUUCUCCUCCGUCCCGGAGCACUUCACGCUUCCCGACAGCACCAAGAGCGGAGUGCCCCUCUUCUACAUCCCUCCUGGCUCCACCGCCCCAGUGCUGUCCCUGCAGCAGAGUGCCUCAGACUCGUCCCACGCCCAGUUUGCCGCCUACUGGAAGCCGGUGCUGUCCAUGGACGCCAACUCCUGGCAGCGCUGGCUACACAUGCACCGCCUGGUGCUCAUCCUGGAGCACGACACGCCCAUCCCCAAGCACCUGCACACGCCGGGCAGCAACGGGCGCUACAGCACCGUGCAGUGCCGCAUCUCGCACUCGUCCCUCACCUCCCUGCUGCGGGACUGGAGCAGCUUCGUGCUGGUCGAGGGCUACUCCUACGUGAAGCUGCUCUCCAGGUCGCCCCCCGACCAGCCCCCCUUCUCCUUCUACAUGGUCCGCAUCAUCUCCAAGGCACCCUGCAUGGUCCUGCGCCUGGGCUUCCCCAUCGGCACGCCGGCCCAGGCCCGGCACAAGAUCGUGUCGGAACUGCGGGAAGAGAUCCUGCGGCUCCGCUUCCCGCACCGGGUGCAGAGCAAGGAGCCCACCCCCAAGGUGAAGCGGAAGGGGCUGGGGGGCGCGCGGGGGGGCAGCUCUCCCUCCAAGUCCCCCACCGUGCUGGGGCCCCAGCAGGCCCUGUCUGACCGGCCCUGCCUGGUGGUCCUGCACAAACCGCUGGACAAGCUGCUCAUCAGGUACGAGAAGCUGCCCCUGGACUACCGGGCCCCCUUCCUGCUGACCCUGGAGCCCCCGGGCCCGCUGCCCCUGGUGUCGGGCCGCUCCGCCUCCUCCAGCCUCGCGUCCCUGUCCCGCUACCUGUACCACCAGCGCUGGCUCUGGAGCGUCCCCUCGGGGCUGGCCCCCGCGCUGCCCCUCAGCGCCAUCGCCCAGCUGCUGUCUGUCCUCACUGAGGUCCGGCUGUCUGAGGGGUUCCACUUCGCCUGCAGUGGGGAAGGGAUCAUCAACAUGGUCCUGGAGCUCCCCAUCCAGAACGAGCCCCCGGGCCAGGCUGCCGCGGACGAGAGGCACACGUGUGUGGUCCAGUACAUCCUCUUCCCGCCGCACUCCACCUCCACCAAGGACAGCUUCUCCACAGAUGACGACAACGACGUGGAGGUGGAGGCCCUGGAGGGGGACUCGGAGCUCAACCUGGUGACCGAGGUGUGGGUGGAGCCGCAGUACGGGCACGUGGGGCCCGGCCCCGAGAGCUGGCGGCACCUCCGGGACCUGACGUACUCUGAGAUCCCGCAAGCCCUGCACCCUCGGGACGCGGCCUGCAUAGGCUCCCUGCUGAGCUUCGAGUACCUGGUCCAGCUGUGCCAGAGCAAGGAGUGGAGUCCCCUCCCCCCCGAGCUGAGGGUCGCGGACGGGUCAGAGCGCCGGGGUGACGCCUGUGUCCAUGAGAUCCCUUUCCACUUUGACCUCCUGGGGCUGUUGCCCCAGUGCCAGCAGCUCCAGAUGUCCUUCCUGCUGCUUUCCAGAGAGCCGGAGGGCGUCCCCCUCGCGGAGGGGCCCUGUCCCGCCAACGACAUGGUGCUGUGCCUGCUGCACAGCUGCCUGGGGCAGGAGCUGAGUGACCGGGAGAUCCCGCUGGCCCCUGCGGACCAGGCCACCUUCCUGAGCGAGGUGCAGCGGCGGAGCCGCCCCGGCCCCGGCCCAGAGGACCCGCCCGCGGGGGGCCAUGGCAUCCUGAUGGGCCAAGCGGUCAGCAGCAGCCCGGCCACUGGAGACUCGGCACUUCCGGCCUGGAGCGGCGGCCCUCCCGACGCGCUCAGGCCUCUCCUCUCUGCCCAGCCCCCUCAGUGGCGCUGCUACGCGAGGCUGGUCAGCCCCCAGCACGUGUUUCUGACUUUCCUGCCAGCCACCUUCUCAGACGUCCAGCAUCUGGCAGCGCGUGGCCUGGAGGGACCCUCUCAGGAGGACCCGAAGCCCAAGUUUGGGGAUUGGAGUGGGGCCCCCAGGGCCCAGGUGCCCCUUGUCAGCGUCACCCCGGCUGGCGGCGCGGCUGCCGACCUCACAGAGAACACAGGAGGGCCGAGCUCCCCUCUGUGCCAGGACCCCCAGGCAGGCGCCGGCCGGCCGGCUCCGCAGAGCGAGGGCGCAGACGGGCCCCGCACACGGUGUCCCGUCUACAUCUACAGCUGCGCCCUGGAGGCGCUGAGGGAGCAGAUGGUCGGCCUGCAGCCCCCUCAGGUGCCCCGGGACCUCAUCUUCCGGACUCAGUUCCUGGAGCAGCCCUCCCCGCCCUCGGCCUGGAUGGAGCCCAGGUGCAAGGAGGCGGCCAACCACUGUGCCCUGCUGCAGGAGCACGCACAGCGCUGCUACGUCCGCGGGCUGUUCCGGAGCUUACAGCAAGCACAGAGCGUGGCGACCCAGGACCUGCAGCUGGCGGUGGACGCCUGUGAGGAGCUCCUCCAGGAGGUGGACAUAACCCCUUUCCUGCUGGCCCUGUGCGGCCACGCCCGGGCCCUCCCCCAGGCGCCCCCGAGCCCGGGGCUUUUUAGCAGCAGCCUUGAGGAGGGCCCCGAGCCUCGGGAGCGAACCAUCCUGGCCUCGGAGUCCAGUAUCGAGACGGAGGACCUGAGUGAGCCCGAGUUCCAGAGUGCGCGCGUCGCCGGCCCCCUGGACCCAGGCCUGGAGAUCUCCCUGGCGGACGUGUGCCAGCUCAGGGGGGAGGCCCACGAGGCCCUGCACUGCCUCAUCCAGGAGAAGUUCCUGGAGAUCAGUGGUCUGCACUUCCGCACGGUGCCCUCCAACCCGCACUACUUCUUCUACUGCCCCCCAAGCAGCAGGCGGGAGGACGAGGGUCCCCGGGACGCGGUAGACAGAAAAGUCAGUGACCUGGAGUUCUCCGAGGCUGAGCUCCUGGGCGAAGAAGGAGACACGUCAGCGGGCUGUGCGGUCACGGAGAGUGACCCCGAGCUGGAAGUGGAGUACCGGGAGAGCCGGGAGGCCGAGCUGGGGCCCGUGGGACUGGACUCUGCCUCGCUCUCGGACGCAGACACCGUGAACCCGGAUGAGGACUCCUUCAGCAUCCUGGGGGGCGACUCGCCCACGGGCCCCGAGAGCCUCGUGCAUGACUUGCCACCUCUCUUCCUGCACCUCACCUGCUCCGUGCGACUGCGUGGGCAGCACAGCUCUGUCCCCGUGUGCACCCUGCCCACCUGCCUGGGCCAGGUGCUGGCCAGUCUGGAGGGCCCCCCCAUCGGAGGCCGCGUGCUCCUGAGGGACCUGAGUGUCACCCUGGAUGUCUUCGUGCUGACCUUGCCCCUGGAAGUGGAGCUGCCCCCGACUGCAGACCCUCAGCACCACCGGUCGGCCUCCGAGAGCAGCACUUCCUUCCCACGCUCUCCGGGGCAGCCAUCGUCCCUGAGGUCCGAUGAUGGUCUGGGGCCCCCCCUGCCAGCCCCAGAUGAUGACAGGCACCCGGGACUGUCCAGCUUGGCCGCCCCCCACAGACUGGCUGUUGAGACCACCAUGAGUGAGAUCCGCUGGCUGCUGGAGGACGAGAUGGUGGGGGCGCUCCGAAGAGGGGGCCUCCCGCAGAGCCCCGCCCUGCAUCGCGCGGCCGCCCACAUCCACGGCUCUCCCGGGCGCUCCACCUGCCUUCGCCAGACCUUGCCUCUGAGCUUCGUGUUUGGGCCAGAGCGCUCCCUCGCGCAGUUCAAGGAGGAGUUCCGCCGACUCCACCUCCCCGGCCACGUUCUUCUCGAGGACCCCGACAGUGGCUUCUACUUUGUGGCGGCAGGACAGCCACCAGACAGGGCUCCAGGGGUGCCCCCCUCAGCAGCCUGGGCGUGGCACAGCCAGGAGGCCGAAGGCCUUGAAGGGGAGGCCCUGGCAUCCAGUCCCCCAGCCCCCGGCUCUCCAGAGGAUUCUGAGGGGCCCCCUCUCAGCAGUCCACCCAGUCUGCCACAGGGAGGGGGCCAUCCGGGGCCUCGCCGGGGACUGAGCCUUAUGUCCAGUCAGGGCAGUGUGGACUCAGACCACCUGGGAUAUGACGGUGGCAGCAGCGGCUCGGACAGCGAGGGUCCCAGCGAGACCCUGGGCGGGAAGGCCCCCUUCUCGCUGCGGACCCCUCCCGGACUGGUGCCCCCGCAGCCUGUGCUCGCCGGCCUCCCCGGCCCCUGCCUGCCUGACUUCUGGCUCAUCGCGCGGGUGCUGCAGGACCGCGUGGAAGUCUACGCACAUGCACGGAGCCUGCACCGGGAGGGCAGCGGACCCGGCUCCGAGUGCCGCCACCUGCAGCAGCUCCUGGUGAGGCGCGUGGGGGAGAUCUGCAGGGAAGUCAACCAGCGGCUGCUGCUCCAGGACCUUCACGACAGCCACGUGUGCAACUCACUGCUGGUGGCCGAGAGCGAGGAGGACCUGUGGCGGAGCGAGAGCCUCUUCCACUCGCGCCAGCGGGCACCCCUGCCCAGCGAUGAUUAUGCUGCCGACGAGAGCUGUGCGCCCCGCGGGUACCUGGCCGCCACCAUGCAGUUCGUCCCUGGCCAUUUCUCCUGUGACGUGGUGUGGGGGACCGUGAUUCGCGUGCACUCGCGCCUCAAAAUGGGGCCCAGCAUGGGUGUCUCUCGGGCCAUCCAGGCCCUGCGCUCGGUGCUCAACGCCUUCUCCGUGGUGAACCGGAAGAACAUGUUUGUGUACCAGGAGCGAGCCACCAAGGCGGUGUACUAUCUCCGGCUCCUGGAGACGUCCUACAGUGAGCGGCCCUGGGACGGCGACGCCCUGCCCCCGUCGCUCGCCCUGUCCCGAAGCCAGGAGCCCAUCUACGCGGAGGAGGCCUCGGGCCCCCCUCGCUCCCCGCUGGACAUGGCCGCCGGCCGCAACGCGGACACUGCGCGUCCCGUGGGCCAGGUGGACAGACACAUCCAACUGCUGGUGCACGGUGUGGGUCAGGCAGGUCCGGAGAUCACGGAUGAGCUGGUGCGGGUUCUGCGCCGACGCCUGGACGAGGCCACGCUGGACGUCAUCACCGUCAUGCUGGUCCGGAACUGCAAGCUGACGCCCGCCGACGUGGAGUUCAUCCAGCCCCCCGGAAGCCUCCCCUCCGAGGUGCUGCACCUGGCCCUGCCCACCUCCUGCCGGCCCUGGCUCCCGGCCCUGGCCUGGUACCUGAGGCAGAACCUGCUCAUCUUCCUGCACUCCCCCAAGUACACCGACAGCAACAGCCGGAACCACUUCCAGCAUCCUCUCCCACCGCCGGGUGGCCUUCCCGACCUGGACAUCUACUUAUAUAACAAGCCCGGGGGACAGGGCACUGGGGGCAAAGGGGUCGCCUGCAUCACGCUCGCCUUUGUGGACGAGAGAGGAGCCCCCAUCUCCCUGGCUCCGUGGACACCCCCUCCUCUGGGGUCCCUGGACCCUCUGCAGGAGGAGGACUUUGAGCAGCUGACCCAGGUCACUCGCUGCCCACUCGGGGCAGACAGUCCUCCAGCCCAGAGCGGGGCCCCGCGGCUCCGCCUGGACGUGUGGGAGAAGGGCAACAUCAGCAUCGUGCAGCUGGAGGAGAAGCUGCGGGGGGCGGCCCGCCAGGCGCUGGCCGACGCCGUCCUGGAGCUGCAGCUGCUCCCCGCCCCGCUCUGCUCAGAGGACACCCCCCCGGGAAGUCUCCGGAGCGGGUCCCUGGAAGCCAAGAGCCCCGCCUGCCGGGCGAGCACCUUCCCCCCCGGACCCGGCCCUGGCCCCGGCGAGCCUGUGACUCCCCCCAGCAAAGCUGGUCGCCGGAGCUUCUGGGACAUGCUGAGCAAAACAGAGUGUGGGGACUUGGGCUCCCCCAAAACAACGGAUGACAUUGUCCUGGAUCGGCCCGAAGACACCCGGGGCCGGAGGCGCCACAAAACGGAAAAUGUUCGGACGCCCGGUGGAACCGAGCGGGCCCCCGGCCCGGAUGCCGGGGCCCAGAGGCCAAAACGCCGAACUACGCAGCUCGAGGAGGGCGAGGCGGGGACCCUGCAGCCCGUGUUCGCUCACGUCGCUCAGCGCUGGAUGGAGUUCAUGGUCCAGAUCGGCUGUGCCUCCGUGUCCAAGAGCUCCACCCACAUGGUGUCGCGCUUCCUCCUGCCGUCCAUCCUGGCCGAGUUCACCGCCCUGGUCACCUCCAUGGCCGGGGACACCAGUGUCCGUGUCUUCGAGCAGCACCUGGGUCCAGAGCCCGCGGUCUUCAGCCCCUGUUCCCUGGGACAGCUGGGCCCCACUCCCCACCCGGCUGCCCAGCGGCACCUGCUGCUCCUGGGGAGGAACUUCCUGCAGUGGAGGCGACCGACCCAGCAGGCUGCCAAAACCAUGCAGCGCUUCGAGCCUGGCAGCGACGGCAACUCGGGGCGAAAUGCUCCCCGACAGAGGUUCUUGCUGCUGGAGGUGGUGGACAAGAAGCUGCAGCUGCUGACUUACAACUGGGCUCCCGACCUGGGUGCGGCGCUGGGCCGCGCGCUGGGCCGCCUGGUGCAGUGGCAGAACGCUCGCGCCCACCUCAUCUUCUGCCUGCUCAGCCAGAAGCUCGGCCUCUUCCACCACUACGGGCAGCUGGACUUCCCCGUGCGGGAUGAGAAGGACCCGAACCCCUUCCUCCUGCCCAGCAUGGAAGCCGAGACCCUCAUCCGGAGCGCCAGCCCCCCGCUGAGCCGUGAGCAGGGCCGGCUGGGGGGGUCCUCUCGGGGUGGGGGCUCCCUCGCCCUGGACACGUUCCCCUUCGACGAGACCCUGAGGGACAUCACCGCUGCUCGCCCCAGCUCCUCACUGGGCCCCGCGCCCCGGCCCCCCGACCCCGUCACCUACCAUGGACAGCAGUUCCUGGAGAUUAAGAUGGCUGAGCGCAGAGAGCUGGAACGGCAGAUGAAGAUGGAGAACCUGUUCGUGACCUGGCAGCAGCGCUCAGCCCCGGCCAGCAUGCCCAUCAGCGCCAGCGAGCUGGAGACCCUGAAGCAGUCCUCACGCCUGGUGCAUUACUGUGCCACGGCCCUGCUCUUCCACCCGGCCGCCUGGCUGCACGGCCCACCCGAGCCCUCGGCGCCCCCCGAGGGCCAGCGGCGGCGCCCCGAGUCAGGCUCUGGCAACCGAGAAGCCCCCGGCGGCUCUGAGCCCUCCGAUGCCACCCCACCCGGCCCGCGUGAGGAGCCGUGGCUGAAGGACCUGAGCCUGGCUUUCCUGCAGCAGUACGUGCAGUACCUGCAGAGCGUGGGCUUCGUGCUGGUGCCGCUGCGACCCCCCUCACCCGCCCGCAGCACCAGCCGGCUGCGGGCCAUGGCCAUCCUCGGAACAGAGGGUCGCGGCUCCUUCUCCUGCCCCAAAACCAAGACUGACGGGAGCCCCAAGAGCACUGGCUCUCCGGUCACCACCUACCACCUGCAGCGGGCACUGCCCGGGGGCAUCAUCCUCAUAGAGCUGACCUUCCAGGGCUGUUACUUCUGUGUCAAACAGUUUGCCUUGGAGUGUUCCCGGAUCCCCAUGGGACAAGCUGUCAACUCUCAGCUGUCCAUGCUGUUCACGGAGGAGUGCGACAAGGUGCGGGACCUGAUGCACGUGCACUCGUUCAGCUACGACUUCCACCUGCGCCUCGUGCACCAGCACGUGCUGGGCACCCACCCAGCCCUGCGCCACGGGUACCACCUCACCACCUUCCUGCACCACUUCCUGGCCCACCACCCCGACGGGCCCCACUUUGGCCGCAAUCACAUUUACCAAGGGACCCUGGAGCUCCCCACGCCCCUCAUCGCUGCCCACCAGCUGUACAACUACGUGGCCGACCAUGCCAGCUCCUACCACAUGAAGCCGCUGCGCAUGGCCCGGCCCGGGGGCCCAGAGCAGAAUGAGUAUGCCCUGGUGUCAGCGUGGCACAGCUCUGGUUCCUACCUGGACUCGGAGGGACUUCGCCACCAGGACGACUUCGACGUCUCUCUGCUCGUCUGUCACUCGGCUGCGCCCUUCGAGGAGCAAGGAGAGGCCGAGCGGCAUGUCCUACGGCUGCAGUUCUUCGUGGUGCUCACCAGCCAGCGUGAGCUCUUCCCCAGACUCACAGCAGACAUCCGCCGCUUCCGGAAGCCCCCCAGGCUACCUCCGGAACCAGAGGCGACUGGGACCUCUGCCGGGAGCCCUGGGGAGGCCCCGGGCGUUGGUCUGGGCCCCGGACCGGCUCCCAUGUUCCCCCCUCUGGCUGCAGAGGUGGGCGUCGCACGGGCGAGGCUGGCCCAGCUGGUGCGGCUGGCUGGGGGGCACUGCCGACGGGACACCCUCUGGAAGCGCCUCUUCCUGCUCGAGCCACCGGGGCCUGAUCGGCUGCGGCUCGGGGGGCGCCUGGCCCUGGCCGAGCUGGAGGAGCUCCUAGAAGCGGUUCAUGCCAAAUCCAUCGGGGACAUUGACCCCCAGCUGGACUGCUUCCUGUCCAUGACGGUCUCCUGGUACCAGAGUCUCAUCAAGGUUCUCCUAAGCCGCUUUCCCCAGAGCUGUCGCCAUUUCCAGAGCCCAGACCUGAGCACUCAGUACCUGGUUGUGCUGAAUCAGAAGUUCACUGACUGCUUCGUGCUCGUCUUUCUGGACUCCCACUUGGGGAAGAUGUCGCUGACGGUGGUUUUCCGAGAGCCCUUCCCAGUCCAGCCCCAGGACAGUGAGAGCCCCCCAGCCCAGCUGGUCUCCACCUACCACCACCUGGAGUCCGUCAUCAACACAGCCUGCUUCACCCUCUGGACCCGCCUCCUCUGAGUUCCUCCACUCCCGGACUGACCACGCCGCCCACUUCAAGCGGCCACGGCAGAGCAGGCCCGACACUUGGGACACUGAGAGCUCAGUGACAUCUCUCGGCCUGGCAGCCGGGGGCUGCCCUCCCCAAACUCACAGCCCAGCACGCUGGAGGGUCAGAUCAGUUCUUCUCAGCCACCCGACCCUUCCAGAAAGACAUGCCCUCUGCCACACCAGGUGGAGCCCGGGAAGGCCACAACGUGGGCACUCGCUCCUUGGAGGGCCCUGCCCCACCUCGUUUCCCUCCAGUCUCCGUCUCCCACUUGGACUGGCCAGCUGGACGUCGCCGUGGACACGACCGUGCCUCUGAGCACCUGGGAGUACAGGCGCGUCCCCUGCUGGGCCCCUGGGUCUCAGCUGGAAAUGAGGCGGUGGGCUCCGAGCUCUCCCCUUUCCACGGCAGACCCAAGGACUUGAGGGGCCCUGAUCCCUUCUCCACAGGAGGGAAGUGGCCCCCAGGAGCCACAGGAACUGAAGGAUUAGACACUGUGUGUCCCAUUCCCCACCCCAAUAAC